CAUUAUCCAAAAAGAACCCUGAGCGUUAAGCGAGAGGAGAUCUAUCACCGCUGCGCACUACCAACCCAAGACCAGCGCACCGGAACACCAGCUCCUACAAGUAAGCAAGCGACUGUCCCAUCAAAGCCGCACCCAUCUCAUUCUUCACACAACUUCAACACGAACAUGUUGACCUUCCUGUCGUCCUCACUGCCGUCCCCCACGGUGCCGGCCACGUCGUCACGCCCGCAGCACCUCAACUCGUUCGUGGUGCUGACCAAGAAAUCGUCGAGCCGCCGCCUCUCGCGCCGCCGAUACAGUAUCGCCAGCUCGUGUUCCACAACAAGUAACAGCAGCGACGACGAGUCGGACACCUCGGAUCUCGAGCCUGAAGACUGCUGCGUCGUAUACGAGUCGUACGCCGCCGUGACUAAGCGCAACAGCCAGCCGGCUUCCAUCCGUUGGAGCGACUUACAACGCGCACAGAACACAACUGAGGUCGCGGAGCUACUGGCUGCGUUGCGCCUCAAGCGUCGUCACACACGCGAUGGAGAGGCACUCGAGCUGACAGCGCUCGAGCUCUGCUUCGAGUUCCUCACGAUGGAGGAGCUACAGAGCGCCGCGCAGGUCUGCACGGCCUUCCACGAUGCCGUCACGGCCUCGGAAAUGCUGCUCACCGGUCUGUACAGCCGUCAGUGGCGUGCCAAAAUGCUACCGGAGACGUACGUGACGCUGCCCUACAAUGACCAACUGGUGUUGUGCGCUGCGCGUCGCUCAGACGCGAUCUAUGAGCUGUCGACGCGCAGCGCAGUCACCCACUUGCCCGACGGCAAAGACCGUGUAGUGAACAACUCGAUGCUUCGUAACUUUGACAAGGGUGCCGUGGACUCGAUCCGCGGCGUCCACAAGCUGCCCGUGCUGUCCUGUGCCCGCGCUCUUAAAAAGAACAUCUCAUACUACGAGGUGAGCCUUAAAGGAAGCGGAAGCGUGGGUCUCGCGUCCGUCUCCGACGCGACGACCCGGAACGCGUACGGCUUCGGCUCUGGAGAGCACGUGGGCUGGAAGGGCGUGUCCUACGCCUACCACGGCAAUGACGGUGACUUCGUGUUCAACGAUGGCACCAAGCCGUACGGGGGCGAGUGGGGCGCUUUCGGUCCAUCGUGGGGCCGAGCCUCGCCCCCGUCUAACAACGAGGAGGACGACGUUCCCAUGUUCACGGUGGGCUGCGGCCUGGACGCCGACAAGCAACAGGUUUUCUUCACUCUCAAUGGAGAGAUGGUUGGAAUCGCGCCCACUAUGGUGCUGCCUGGAGACUACGCUGCUGCUGUGUCGCUCCACGCCUUUGGCGAUGAAGCUGGGAUCAAUGUUGGCGCGGCUCCUUUCCUCUUUGACAUCGAGGGUUUCUGUGCAAGUCCUUAGCUUAAUCCAACUGGAUUGAGUUGAGGGCUUGCACAGAGGAGUUCAAAGACCCCCCACGUCGAUCAUCUUGCCGCCGUCAGUCGGCCGCUUGCGUCAUUUUCUUCUUACAUGUUUCCAUGUGAUCCCAUUUAUUCAUGCUCGUGCAUCGGUGUUAAGGUCCGAGCCGCAUCCACUGGACAACUGACCCGAGAAAUUAAUUUCAAGUAUAUCGUGAUUAAUAUUCAUCGUAGUUUGUUGCACUUUUGGUCUAUCUCGUCACUAGCUUGAUACCAAGUUGUAGUUCUCAUUGUAGCGUUGCCUUGCUACUGGUUACCGAAGAUUUUGGAGAAGCUGAUUCGGGAUGCAUAUCGACACCCUUGUCGUCGAUAGCUGCACGUUUUAGCUCGUCUUCCUUCGAGUUGGGUUGUGCACUAUCUCCGCUUGUCACUGUUGCCACUGCGGUAGGAUCUUGGACGUCGGUGUUGCUCAGAAUUUUGUUUUCAACUGCCGAAGUUGUGUUUUGAGUGCUCGAUGAUUCAUUAACCUCCACUGGCUUCACCGGCGAUUCACCGUCGCUGUCGAAACUAGCUUGACGAUGAUCUCGUGCAACCGGGGAUGGCAUGGGUGAGCUGAAGCGUAAGAACACUUUCAUCGCCGACGAAGUCACGAGAGAAGGCCUAGUGUCACUCAAAACUUGUGUCGAGAUACGGCGUGCCGUCCGGUUCAUCUUCUUGGAAGCCUCAGCGAUGGCGUCGUCAAUGAGCCGCAUCCACUCGGCCUUGGAGGUCGCACUAUCAGCGAACACGACGAAGGACUUGACCGGGUUUUGAAUCUGGAAAGCGUUUUUCAACAAAACACCGUCGGCAAUGGUUGAAAUACGCGUGAGCUUGAGACGCAGAGAGUUGUGUGGACUCCA